AUGUCAAAUCCGCCACCAAAAGAGGAUGAAUGGGCGUUUGGUCCAAUUGGUUCACCAUUUCCGGAUAAUCCGGUACGAGUACUUGGUCAACCAAACAUGUAUGUGGCAUUGUGGUAUAAAUUUGGUGUACCCAUACAUGGUCGAGCAUGGAAUAAUGGUGGUGUACUGGAAUGCUCAUUCCCAUAUAAAAAGGCCGAACUAACGGGUACCAAAGAUCUUGGUGGCCAAAUUCAGGUACUCCAAUACAAGGGAGACCAUAAUACGUUAGGUUUCUGGUAUGAAUGGAUCAAGUACAAAGAUCGUUUUGAAAAAACUGACAUACGACAAAUCGUACAUUGUGGUGAUUCGAUGCCUAUUCUAUGGCAAGAUCGACCAGAAGGUGCACUACUUGGUUAUUUGGAUAAUAAAACGGAAUUGGCACAUUUUUCACAUAAUGGAAAAGCGGAAUCAUUACAAGGAACACCAUUGAGUAAUAUGUGGAUUAUUGUACGUAAUACAAAAGGUGGACCACCAACAUGUGGUUGUAAGCAAUGCUAUAAACCACCACCACCAAAACCACCACCAGGACCACCACCACCACGUGUUAUGAUUGAUGAAUGGAUUGAUUUACGUGCUGGUGAUCCAUGGCCAAAAGAUAAAAAACUUAUCAAAGCAUUGAAUAAAAAUCUUGAUACACAUCCAGGUGAAAAUCCGGAACAAUAUGUUGCAUUAUGGUAUCAACAAGGUGAACCUGUUAUGGGUAGAAUUUGGAAUAAUAAUGGCAAGGUAGCAGCUUGUUUCGGUUGGAACAACAAUGAAUAUCGUGAAAAGAUUGGUUCAUUGCAAAUUUUGGUAGAGCUACCGGAUUUUGUCCGUGGUUAUGAUUAUGAUUGGAAAUUAUUUUCGGUUUGUGCAUCAUUUGGUGAGAAAGAAUGGUUUCCGGUAUAUGUCGAUCGUAAAGGUAUUAUAUCACCAUGUGUAUGCACAAUUGAUGGCAAAGAAAUUCUCGGAAAAGUUGACAUCCGUAAUGAAAAAGCAUCGGCAGCGUUUAGUGGGAAAGAGCAUGUAAUGGUUGGACCAUCGGUACAAAAACAAAUGGUACUCUGCCGCAAAGCAAGGCCUGGCUACAAAUUUGAUUAAUCCAAAAUAUCCGUCCUCCAAUGGUCACUCCAAACUAACUUUUAACUUAUUCAUUCCCAUGAACAGAUGAAACAGCUAAUAAUUCUAC